AAAUUGCCCGAAACCCGACACACGAACACGAAGGGCCCGAAACCAAGAGACAACAGAACGUCCCAAACAGAGCAAAGUGAAUUACUGACAUCACAAUUCACAAAGAGGGAAGAGCUCAAACGCCGCCACAAAAUACAAUGGGCAGCAGUAGCAGGCGACUGAGAGCGUUCAAGCGGUGGAUGAGAUCCCAAGGCAUCGACUUCAGCGACGCCCUCCAAUUCACCGACGACGGCGAAGCCAUUUCCGUGAGAGCGCUUUGCGAUCUCAAGGUAGGUGACAUGGUGGCGAGAAUACCCAAAACCACGUGCCUCACCGUCAUGACGAGUGGUGCACGUGACCUGAUAGAAUCUGCUGGGUUGGGUGGUUCUUUAGGACUCUCAGUGGCUGUCAUGUACGAGAGGAGCUUGGGCCAAAGCUCUCCUUGGGCUCCUUACCUUCAUCUCUUGCCUCCUCAUGAAUCCUUGCCUUUGCUUUGGUCUCUCCACGAGGUCGACUCUCUCCUAUGUGGCACUGAGCUCCACAAGACUGUGAAAGAAGACAAAGCUAUUAUUUAUGAGGACUGGAAAGAGAACAUUCUGCCUCUAUUGGAUUCACAACUGCCUUUUAAUCUCAAUCCAAAUUUUUUUGGCGUUGAACAAUACUUGGCAGCAAGAAGUCUCAUUGCUUCUCGGUCUUUUGCAAUAGACGAGUUCCAUGGAUCUGGAAUGGUUCCUUUGGCUGAUCUUUUUAAUCACAAGACGGGAGCUGAGGAUGUUCACUUCACCUCUGUAUCUUUUCAUUCUGAUUCCAUAAGCGAUACUGACUGCAGCAAAAAUGAUCUCCAAGCCAAUACUGGUGAUAAUGAACCAUUGUCUGAAAAUUCCUAUUCGGAUGGUAGAGGAUCAGAUAUUAGUGGUGGUAGUGACUUGGACAACUCUUCGGUCUUGGGGGAUCAUACCACAGCAUUGGAAAUGAUUAUGGUGAAAGAUGUCAAAGUUGGAAACGAGGUCUUUAAUACAUAUGGGUUGGUAGGUAAUGCUGCAUUGCUUCAUAGAUAUGGAUUUACAGAGCCAGAUAAUCCAUUUGACAUUGUAAAUAUUGAUUUGGAACUAGUAUCUCAAUGGAGUUUAUCUUUGUUUUCUGGCCGGUAUAGUCGAGCAAAGCUGUCCCUCUGGAGAAGAUUGGGUUACUCUGGAUGUGUAAGCGAGAACACUGAAUAUUUUGAGAUCUCAUCUGAUGGGGAACCCCAAAUUGAGCUGCUGAUAUUGUUAUACAUAAUGCUGUUACCAGAGGAUACAUAUCAUAAGUUGGAUCUUACAUUGUCAACUAAAGGGAACUCUAAUGGAUCCAUAGGCAUGAUUUUGUCUGAAAAAGGAAAGUUCAUGUUGGAAAAAGCUUCAGAAGUGAGUAAGGAUUUGUUGCUGACAAAGGAUGUUUGUAAUGCUCUCCGAUUGCUGGCAGAUAUGCGCGAUAGUUUUUAUGGUUCUAAUUCAAUGGAAGAUGAUAUUGAAGCACUAGGGAAUUGUUGCAUAAGAAGAGAGAGGAAGUUGUACUAUUCUCUGAUAUUGCGUAUCAGUGAGAGGGGAAUCCUGGAGAGGCUCAGAACUUACGCUGCUUCUGGUGCUCAGUCUUUUAGAACUGCUAAGCGAUCCUCAGUGAGAAAGAAGUUGAAGAAGACGUGAAACUUUUAACUCUCUUUAUACCUCCUUCAUAGCGUUACUUAUAGCUGCUUAUAUCUGUGGUUGCUCCAAUGUCUGUGCCAAAUCACAGAACAGAGGGCACACCACCAUCAUUUUGCCCCAAGGUUUCUACUUGAUGACAAUGUAAUCCAUUAUGUAACUUUUUGUAAUGAGUAGGGAAUCUCACAAUUGGUGAAGUAGAUGGCUUGACUUUUUAUUCAAACCCAAUGGUGAAACUUUCAUGUAAGACUUUUUUGGGAUUUUUGAUUUUAUUGGUCUGUUUAUUUUGCUUUAGAGUUAA